GGAAGGGUAGUCAGUGCUCUUAACCUCUGAGCCAUUUCUUCAGCCCCAAACUACUUUUAUUUAAUGUCUUGUUAAAAAGUCAAGUUUCUGGCCAUCUAACCACCAAGCCAAGUUCAAAACCUGUGUGGUCCUCUGACCUCCACAUGCAGAGCAAGACUGGAGCAUGUACAUAUGUACAUACACACCGAGAAAAUAAAGUAGAACAUAAAAAAUUCUAAAUGUAGGGGCUGGAGAGGUGGCUCAGAGAUUAAGAGCACUGGCUGCUCUUCCAGAGGUGAGUUCAAUUCCCAGCAACCACAUGGUAGCUUACAGCCAUCUAUAGUGAGAUCUUGUGCCCUCUUCUGGUGUGCAGGUGUACAUGCAGACAGAACAUUGUACAGACAAAUCUUAAAAAAAAAUUCUAAAUGUAGUUUUCUAGAACCUUUUUCUAAAGGUCUGAAGAAAUAAGUUCUUUGAAAACCACUGUACUUUGUCAACAACUCUUAACUAUCAACCAGGGUACUUGCUGUCUGUUAAACUGUAAAAAGUCAAACCUAAUAAACUAAUCGGAAGUAGAUAGCUCAGCAGUUGAGAGCACUUGUACUUGCAGAGGCCUCUGGUUCUGUUCUAGCACCCAGCAAGCCUGUAACUCCAGUUCCAGGCCAUCUUCUGGGUCUGCAUACACUCCACACAGACCCACACAUAAAAGACAGCCAAGGGUAUGAAAACAGGUGUUUCCUCACAUACGUAGGUACAAACACUCAGACCAGAAAAUUCUGGGAGCUGGGUGUGGAGGAGCCUGUCUGUAGUUCCAGUACUUGGGAGGUGGAGGCAGGAGGAUUUAGAAGAGGUUCAAGGUCAUCUUUGGCUACUUGGCUAGUUUGAGGCCAAAAGUGAUACUUAGAGCAGAGUUCUACCACAGUGCACUACUCACGUUUUGUUUUACUUUGUGUCAUGCUAAAUUGGCUAGGCAGGUAGCCUGGUCUUGCUUGACCUUUCAGUUUGCCAGCUGCAAUCCUCCUCGCUCAUUCUGCAUACCUGUGAGUACAGGACUAUACUAUCACACACAGCUUGAAAUACUUUUCACUGUUUAAGAAAGAGCUCAGUAAUUAGAAUGGACUUUGGUACCCGUUGUGAGCUACCUAUAUAACCCUUACUAAGCCUUUCUUUUCAUAUCUUUGUUUUUUUGGCUGCAAUACUUAAUUUUCUUACGAGGACAGAUAGUUUUUGCUUGUCCACAGUCUUCAGGUUGUUUUGAUCUUUUUCAAUUUGGCAUAGAUUGUACAUAGAGGCAAAAGAAAACAUUAAAUGUAAAAAGACAGCCAUUUCCCAGAUUAAGAGGGUUUUUGUUGUUUUGUUUUUUUCUCUGCUGGAAAUCAGUGGUGUGACAUUCAGGUGGUUGCUUGAGUCCACCUUACUGCCUGGAGUGAGGUGUAAAGUCUUCACAGUCCCUGGAGCUUGUCAUGCUGUCUCUACAUUUAGUGAGGCAGCCUAAGGAUUAUCCUGAAGCUUGCGUUUAGCGUUCACCAGCACUCUGAAAGGAAUAGCCUGAGCACCAGAAUGGAUAUCAGCAAUGGCCACAGCAGGCUUGACUGUACUUACGCACAAAAAGGAGACUUUAUUGGAUUCCUGUUAUGGGGUGGGCACAUACCAGCUGCUUGUCCAUCUAUUUUAACGAGUCUGAAAUAUAUUUAAAUUGGAAGUAAAUUUCUCCACGAAAUGAUCUCUUGUGUUCUAUUCACCUUAAGUGCUUAUGUCUUCUUAAUCAUAUCUGUAUUCCCAGAACUCAGUGUGGCGGCUUACUCCUCACCAAGCUCUCAGGAAAUGUGGGCUGCAUGAAAAAGGCAAAAUUACCUUUUAUUUAUUCCCAAAGGACAGUAGGUAAAUAAACCUAGGGUGAAACGCAGAGGCUGACAAAUAUUACAGUGACAUAGGAACAGACACCUCUUAGCUGGAGUACAGCAGUCUAGACCAGCAGACUAGGAACAGCAUUUUAAGCCAGCUGUGGUGGCACAGGUCUUUAAUCCCAGCACUCAGGGAGACAGGGACCGCCGUAUCUUUGGGCUCGAGGCCAGCCUGAUCUAUAAAGUGAGUUCCACGAUAGCCUGGACUACACGGAGAAACCUUGUCUCGAAAAAUAAAGAUAAAAAAAUUAAUAAACAGAGUUUUAACUCAUUGUAAAACUGAAACUCAAAGAAGGGGAAGGGGCAAGCGCUCAAUUCUGGUCAGGGUGAGGGCCGAAGUUGGCAGCGGCCUGUGGGGCCAAUCAGCAAGUGGAUGGCCGGGGUAGCCAAUCGCGAGCAGAAGGCUCAGUCUCCGCCCAGCUGCGCUAAGCACCUGCUCCUGACGUCGGGGCACCGCAUCCCCAGCAAGGGAAGGCGAUCGAAACUUUCCACCCGCUGUGGUUCGCACGGUGGUGAAAGUUGGGACGUAGUUGCCACACUCGAGUUUCCUGGGACGGCUAACUGCUUCAGCCGCGGGAACCACAGCUCAAGUCAAGGGAACGACUCCUGAUGCCAACGCUUGCAGGCUGGCUGUAAAGCGAGCUCCUAGGCUCGUCCCAGACUUCCCUGGGCAUGGCAGUGCCUGGACACCGUUGCCACGGCUGAGGGGUACCGCUUCCCGUUUCUGACUGCAGAGGGCGCUCGCCGCCUCGGUAGGAGAAAGCCAGGUUUUCACGUUACUAGGGUUACCAGGAAACGCUGCAGUUUGCAUAGCAGCCAUGACAGCUAAGGAUUGUCCAUCAUUGUGGAGCUUUGGAACAACAAAGACAUUUAAAAUUCCCAUAGAACAUUUGGAUUUCAAAUAUAUUGAAAAAUGUUCAGAUGUGAAACACCUGGAGAAAAUUCUUUGUGUGCUGAGGUCUGGUGAAGAAGGCUAUUACCCUGAACUCACAGAGUUCUGUGAGAAGCGCCUCAUGGGCUUGGCUCCUGGAAGCCGAGCUCUGAGGAAAGACAAGCCCGCAGCAACAGCAUCCAGCUUUACGGCAGAAGAAUGGGAAAGAAUCGACAGUGACAUAAAGAGUUGGGUAUCAGAAAUCAAAAGAGAGGAAACUACCAGGUCCUUCUAUGACCCUGAAACACGUACGGGAGAGGAGGCUCAUUUGCCUCCAGUUCGUGGCUCAAACUGCUGUCCUCAUGGUGGCAAGGAAGCAUAUUCUAAAAGUAAGCCAACUAAGAAGAAAAUUCCAAGGGAUUAUGCAGAGUGGGAUAAAUUUGAUGUGGAAAAAGAAUGUUCAAAAAUUGAUGAAGAUUACAAAGAAAAGACUACAGUAAACAACAAGGCUCAUUUGUCUAAAAUUGAGACAAAAAUAGACACAGCAGGUCUAACUGAGAAGGAAAAGAGUUUUCUUGCCAAUCGGGAAAAGGGAAAAGGGAACGAGGCUUUCUACUCGGGAGACUAUGAAGAGGCUGUGAUGUAUUACACCCGGAGCUUAUCAGCUCUUACCACUGCGUCUGCCUAUAACAAUCGAGCUCAAGCCGAAAUCAAAUUACAGAGGUGGGAAAGUGCUCUUCAAGACUGUGAGAAAGCCUUGGAGCUGGAGCCUGGAAAUGUGAAAGCUCUCCUGAGACGUGCUACUACAUAUAAACAUCAAAACAAGCUCCAGGAGGCUGUGGAUGAUCUGAAAAGAGUACUGCAGGUGGAGCCUGAUAAUGAUUUGGCCAAGAAAACCUUGUCAGAGAUUGAAAGAGAUCUGAAGAGUUCAGAGCCUACCUCUGAGCUCCAAACCAAAGGGAAAAAGAUGGUUAUCGAAGAAGUUGAAAACUCAGGAGAUGAAGGUGAAAAGGAAAUCAGAAAUAAAUGCGAAGAUGGUGGUGUGGAUAAGGUGGCUGUGAGCGCCAUGGGCAACAUCCCGAAGAAGCUGAUGAGCCGGAGCCAGGGUGGCAGGCGGUCGCGGCGGGGCCGCACACCAGGGCCCCUUGGGGAGCAGCUGCGGGAGACAGCGACGGCCACAAGCAGCUACACCGACACCCAGCACCCGGAGGAGCCCCAAGCCUCAGCCAGUCCCGCGAGCCUCAAGAGCCGCGGCAACGAGCUGUUUCGUGGCGGGCAGUUCGCGGAGGCGGCUGCCCAGUACUCUGCCGUGAUAGCACAACUGGAACCUGAAGGAAGUGCAAGUUCGGAUGAGCUAAGCAUCUUGUAUUCAAAUAGAGCGGCAUGCUACCUCAAAGAAGGGAACUGCAGGGGCUGCAUCCAGGAUUGUAACAGGGCUCUGGAACUUCAUCCAUUCUCAGUGAAGCCUCUUUUGAGACGAGCAAUGGCCUAUGAGACCUUAGAACAAUAUGGGAAAGCUUACGUGGAUUAUAAAACAGUGUUGCAGAUAGACACUGGGAUCCAGCUAGCAGGCGACAGUAUAAACAGAAUAACAAGAAUCUUAAUGGAGCUAGAUGGGCCAAGAUGGCGGGAGAAACUGCCACUCAUCCCGGCUGUACCCAUGUCUGAUCCACUGAGAGUUUGGCAUCCUGCUGCAGAGAUCCCAACCCAAGAACCACAUCCCAGUAACUGUGCGCCCGGCAUCUCAGAUGAAAAAAUGUUUCAAGUCCUUAAAGAAGAAGGAAAUCAACUUGUAAAGGACCAAAACUAUAAAGAUGCCAUUAGUAAAUACAGCGAAUGCUUAAAUAUUAACAGCAAGGCGUGUGCUAUAUAUACAAACAGGGCUCUCUGUUACUUGAAGCUGGGCCAGUUUGAAGAGGCAAAGCUGGACUGUGGCCAGGCGCUUCAGAUAGACGGCGAGAAUGUGAAAGCCCGUUACAGACUAGCGCUUGCACAGAAAGGACUCGAGAAUUCCCUCCUCCUAAACCCAGAUACCAUCGAGGCAAAGGAGGGGCUGCAAGAGGUAGCCCAGCACCUUGACACUAAGAACGACACAGCGCCUCCCAGCAAAGGAAGGGAGAGGAGGAGAAUCGAAAUCCAAGAGGUGAGUGAAAGCAGUGAUGAGGAGCCUGAGGAACCUGCAGCAGCUUCUGUUGCCUCCCUGCCUGCCAAGGAGGGAGUUGGAGAUGGAGGGUCUGCAGAACACUCCGAAAAACUUGAGGUCCCCAAGCCUAGUAAUGCCUAUGAGUUCGGACAGGUCCUACAUGCUGUGAGCACCAGGAAAGAUGCAGAGGCCUGUGCACAUCUGUUAGCCAUCACUGCACCCAAAGAGCUGCCAAUGUUGCUAAGUAACAAACUUGAAGGGGACAUGUUCGUCCUCCUCAUUCAGUCACUGAGAAAUCACCUUGUGGCCAAGGACCCCUCCCUGGUGUAUGAGCAUCUCUUGUACCUGAGCAGAGCAGAGAGGUUCAAGACGAUGUUGACACUGAUUAGCAAAGGCCAAAAGGAGCAGAUUGUGCAGCUGUUUGAUGGUCUGUCAGACACACAGGUCAGCCGUUUUACUGCAAAGGAUGUACAGGCCCUAAGAAGGCAGUAUGAGCUCUAACCCGGGUUUCCUGAGUUCCAACACGUUGAACAGCAGUGUGAUGGAAUUACAUGGGUAAAGCCACACCCACAAGGGUCCCUGUUUGGACCAUCACACAUUGUGCUUAAUUUUAUAUCCAGAACAUGUCUAUUCUACAACAUGAUUUUUAUUUGUUGUAAAUAUUCUUUUCUGUAUUAGAGCCAACAACUUCAUAUUUAAUAACUAUAUCCAGAACUGGGCAAAUUACAUUCUGAUUUUUAAUACAUAUUUUCUUUUUAAUGAUCUACCUGUUAAAAACUUAAAAUACUUUUCCUUGCCUGGACAAUUCUUUCAGGUUUGAUAGGAACGAAUGUCUUUAGUUCUUUAAAAGCAAAUGUUACCAGUGAUGAUUCCCACUCAGAUAUGCACAAAAUCCACUUUAGAAUGGAUUGUGUAGCGUAUUGUCAGUUGAAAUGAAAUACAACAUGUCUGUGAGAUCAUUAUUAGUUUAUUAAUUCAGAGCCACAAUGUGGAAGUUAUUUUUCUAAUAUGAAACCAAACAUUAGCUAAUGAAAGAAAAGUUGCCCAAAAUUCAUAUCAUUUUUACUAUAUGACUUUCCCUUAUACGUUGCCUGUAAGCAAUAAAACUAUAUGAAGCAAAAAUUCACCCUGCAUUUGUAUUUGAACU